AUGAAUAGGGACUUCGCGCAAAUACUGGAGGAUUUUUUAUCCGGAGGAAAAAACAUACGCAGGGGAUAUCGUGAUGAUAAUGACCAAGCGAAUGAGGAGAACAUCCCACAUAUUCUCGGACAAAGCGGAUCCAACUUGUUCCAUGACAAUAUAGGGAAAAAAUUAGGAAAAGAAUUAGAAGAGAAGAAGAACUUUUUCAAAUAUACAGAAUAUUCAUUAAGUAGUCUUUACAUGUCAGAUAAUCAAAUUCCCUUAGAAGAAGAUCCCAAAUAUGAAACGUUUAUAAAUAUAAUAACGAAAGCAUCGGAUGCUAAUAAUGAAUAUAAAUGGGUGGAUGAUUAUUUCAAAUGUGAGUUAAAGGAAGAAGUGAAUAUAUUAACACCACAAUCUCAGGACAAAAAUUUUGUGUUUAGGAAAUAUAUACAACCAAAUCAGUUAAAAAAUAUUUGCCUAUUACGGAAAUAUGAGCAAGCAGCCAUUUCCAAAACUCCGGAAAAAAAUAAAGUGGAUGCUAAAAUAGUGUCUGAGUAUAUUGUACACGAUAGUUACAGGCAAAUAAUGAAGGCACUGGAUUUUAAAUUGAGUCAUAGGAUUUUUACACAAGCGCAUAUUUUUCACAGUAAAUAUGGAAACAGCGAUCACAUAAUCAUACUAGUCAUGCGACAUUACAGAGAUGAAAAUUUUCUCCAUCCUCUUUUUCCAGACAGGGCAUUUGUUCAAAUAAAAUCCUAUGUAAAUGAUAAUAAAUACUCCGAUAUGACACAGAAAAAUUUGCUAAAUUACGCAGAGAUUUUCAAGCCGUACAUCAAACUCAGAAAAGUGGAUAGCCACUUCGUGGAACAGAUUAAGGACAGGUAUUACGGCGCCUUUUAA